GUUUACAAGGAAGGGGUCAACCAAAUUUAAUUAGUCAAAUAGCAUGCCAAGGCUAGUAGAGGGGGUCGGUUAGGGGUCAUGCUGGUUUGAAGGAUUUUUGACCUGGCUUUUAAUAGAGAGAAAAUAAAAUGUUAUUUUAGCCGUCCAUCAAAAGAGUCAAGAAGAAUUAUAUUUAGAGAAACUUUUGCAUGCUCUUCAUUCGUAGUAGUUUCUUUUGCAAAGAGAAACGACUGGUUUAAUAUGCUCAGUACUCAAUAUGAAUGCAAUGAUGCUAACGAAAUAGAAGACAAGUCUUUUAAUCCUAGAAGAAAGCCACUUAGUGCAAGAGAAGAUCCCUUCCAUAGAUCCAAAAGGAACAGACCUCUCAACGAUCUCGACCUGAAAAUCUUUUCAGGAAAUGCUAGUCAAGAACUUGCUGAAGAGAUAGCAGAUCAUCUCGGAACAAAGAUUUCUGGUUCAGAAACUGGAAAAUUCGCUGAUGGAGAGACCUAUGUCAGAGUAAAUGAGAAAGCGAGAGGGAAAGACUGUUACAUCAUCCAAUCGACUUGCCCACCAACAAAUGACAACUUAACGGAACUUUUCCUGAUGAUUUCCACUUUGAAAAGAUCUUCAGCAAAAUUCAUCACUGCAGUGAUUCCUUACUCUGGAUAUGCUAGGCAAGAGAGGAAAACUGAGGAUACUCUAUGACACAGUAAAGGUGCCAGAGAGGGCUCAAAGACAUUCAGAAGUAAUGGAAGCAUGAAAAUAAAAAUCCAAAACCUCACUUAUACAUAAUUUUCAAGUAAAACAAA